UGGUCUCUCCAUCGUGCUCCCCCUUCUUCGUCUCUCUCUUCCACUUCUCUCGUUUAUUUCAUAUACACUAUCUUGUUAAUAUGGCUGCCAACACUUUGAGGAAGAGAAAAAUCGCAGUUCUAGGUUCCCGUUCAGUUGGCAAAUCUUCUCUUGUCAUACAGUUCAUCGAGAACCAUUUUGUUGAUGCAUACUAUCCAACCAUCGAAAGCACCUUUUCGAAAGGUGUAGCUUAUAGAGGCAUAGAAUAUGACUGUGACAUCAUCGACACCGCUGGCCAGGACGAAUACUCGAUUCUCAAUUCUAAACAUGCAAUUGGUAUUCAUGGCUACGUCCUCGUGUACUCAGUCACCUCAAGACGAUCUUUCGAUAUGAUCAAAAUCGUAUACGACAAAAUCGUCGAUUUUUGUGGCAAAAACGACAUCCCAUGCGUGAUCGUUGGCGCUAAAACUGAUUUACAGUCGAGUAGACAGGUGCCUCCAAAUGAAGGGGAAGAGCUUGCAAAACUCAACAAUGCUGCUUGGGUCGAGACGAGCGCGAAGAAUAAUGUCAACGUCGGCAAAGUCUUCGAACUAUGUCUUGCGGAGAUUGAGAAACGAUCACCGUCUAGCAAAACGGAUCAGCCAGAAGCAAGCAGGUGUCUUAUUAUGUGAUAGACGCGACUCGGCCGUCCCUGGUCACCUUGCUGUCAUGCUCUCCGGUUACCCAGUCUCCCUUCAUACCCUGAGCCACUCAUUUUUUCCUUGCACAAGUAUUUCCUUCCGUUCCCUAGGAGUUCUUCAUCUUAUCCGAUUUCUCCUUCGGGUUAGACUGUUUCUAUAUAAUCCGCUAC